AUGUUGCUUUCCAAAAUAGUUUCCACGCUCGUGCUUCUUACACUGUCAUUGGCACACGAGGCUGAUGAAGUGCCUGUUGAUACUGGCUUGUCUCUUCCAAAGUUGGUAGAGUUGACCAAUACUAAACAGUUGUCAAACUGGGAAUCAAGAGGUAGCACCUCUCUAGAUGGUGGGAGAUUACUUUUAACUCCAGAAUCUUCCUCUGGGAGAUAUGAAGGUUCUAUUUGGAAUAAGAAUUACAGAUUGUCCAAGAAAUCAUUUUCCAUAGACUUGACUUUUAGAGCCACUGGUUCGGAUGGAAAGACUGGUAAUGGGUUUGUCUUUUGGAUUUUAAAUGAUUCUCAAGGUAAUGUUGAUAAAUUGGUCCGUACUGAUACAACAAUGUACGGGGGACCUUCAAAGUUCGAUGGGUUAGCAAUAGUUGUUGAUAGUAAUGGCCCAUUGGGAUCAACACUACGUGGUUAUGCUAACGAUAACUCUAAAGAGUUUGAUGUUACAAACCCAGAAUUUUUCAAACAGGAGUUUGGGAAAUGUAUUAUCGGAUAUCAAGACUCCCAAGUUCCCGCCACUCUUAGAAUUAGUUACGACGAUAUCUUCAGCCAAUUCAAAGUUUCGAUUGAUAAUAAGAUCUGUUUUGAAACUAAUCAAUUUAAAGUAUCUGAGUCAGAUUUAGAUUUUAUCAUUGGUGCUAGUGCUGCCAGUGGGAAAUACGAUAAACAAGAGGCUUUUGAAAUUUUCAAACUCAAUGUAUACGAUACGAUUAUACCAACUGAACAAGAGUAUGACCAUGUCGAGUUAGCAGCACAGCCAAUAAUUAUCACUAAGAACGUGGAUGGUGUGGUGACCAGUAGAACUACAGGAGUUCCUAAAGCAUCACAAGAACAACCUGACAACACAGUUCCAGAUAAUGUCAACCAAGAAUCAAUCAACAGAAUUCUUAAUAAACUCACUGCCUUUGAUGCUCAGAUAUCUAAAAAAUUAUCUGACACUAUGGACAAACAGAAUACUGAGAAUUCUAAUUUGCACAGACAAAUUGAACAAUUGACUUCACAAAACGAUAUUUUGGAAAAGUACUUGAAAGAAGUCGACCGUAAAUUACACUCUCUUGUUAUGGGCGAGGAAAACAAAAAACAAGAAAAGGAAACUUUCAGACUUGCAACUUUGCAGAAAGACGAACUUAAUAAAGACUCUACCGAAAAAUUGUUCAAAACUAUUAAGACAUUCAUUUAUUUGUUAUUGGUAUUGAUUUGUGUCUUGGGUACCUUUAUUUACCGUCUCAGAAGUGAUAUCAAGCAUGCUAAGUUACUAUGA